UUGCCCGGCCGGCCUCGUGCGCCCCAGAUGAUCUCCCUCUGGAUCAGCACAACCUUUCUUUAUCCUCCGUGGAGCGCAUGCUGAGGGAGAGCCCUGAGCACAGCAUUGCACACGUGGCCUUAACAGAAACUGCCCCAGGGUCCCAGCACAGCAGUUCCCUCCCCGUCCCAUCCUCUCCAUCCGCCACUGCUUUUGAUACAGUCUUUUUUAACCAAGGAACAUGGACCCAAAGGACAGCAGAUCACAGCAUAUUUGUGGCACAUUAUGUGUCAGUGAUGAGCAACGAGGUCACAGAUGAUGAUGAAAUGGAUAACUUUUUGCCAGAGACUCACUGGACCACUUCCCGUGUGGUUUCUCCGAUGCGAUACGUUACGUUCAGUCCGCCAGGGCUGCCCAAGGAAAUGUUCGACCCCGUGCUGACUCCUUCGCUACCCAUCGUUUCUUUACAAGAUGAGGAAGUGACGUCAGCCUGGCAAAACCCAGUGCAGCGACCUACUACGUAUGCUGAAUCCCCGAGUCAUUUCAGUGCUUUUCGGUCCGCUUUUCCCACUUCCGAGGGCAUAAUUCCAACUCCGAGUAGAAAUCUGGUGUUUUAUCCUACUGAUACUUACGGGCACAUAUCAAGCAGGACUUUGCCCGCGAUCACGGCUUCAGGAACGGAGAGUGAAGAAACCCUCCUUUUUAGCUCUCAAUCUUCAGAGUCCCGGCUGCUGGGUGCUGGUGGUACUCAGCAGCCGUCUCCCCUGGCAGGGGAGGUCUCACCGCCUCCAGAGGAUGUUCUGGCCGUGAGUACAGACAGGCACCUUGAUAUGACCACUGCUUUGGGUCACAGUCUAGACAAAACUGUGUCUCCAGGAACAGGCCACCCUGUAGCCCUGUCCCGGACGGCCUUUGCUGUCAGCGGCAGCCACACACUUUCGGCUUUGUUUUCAACUUCUCUUGAGCUUGGAUCCUUUUCUGCUCAACCCACUGAUGUUUCACAUAACCCCUUGCUUCCUGGCAACUCCAGUGAGAUGUCACAGUUGCCUGGCCAUGCAGUGGUCCCAAGUCAUGCAGGCGACACUCCCAUCUGGAGCCCGGUGUCCCUGUUCAGACCGUCCACAUGGUGCGUGUCCUGCACUGCGGUGUCACCUCGGUAUGUGGUGUCCGCGAGCCUCACGGAGAAGGACGUGGGGUCAGGGGAUGGUGCUGAGACCCUGUCCUUGACCCUCUUGGAAGCGAGCAGCGUCUCUCCACUGAGCAGCGUCGUGGCGGACUUCUCUGAGUUUGAGGAUGACCCUCAAGAAUUUAAUACCCUUUUCCCCUCCAGACCGACAGUCCCCCUUUCUUCUCCGUCUGCGGACAUCUCAGCAGUGAGCAUCGGUGUGUCAGCUAGUGGGGACACGAGUGGUGUUGAGAGCACACACGUGUCUCCUCCCCACGGACCCCUCUCUGUACCUCUGUCACUUGAUGCUGCUGCUUUCGGCCCCUCCCCUGUUGCUGAAACUCAAGUUGCGCCAUCCUUGGUCCCCGCCAGUGCCCUCCCUGAUUCGUCUUUCCCCGUCACAGCAAACAAAAACACACCAUCGCUGUCGCCCAGAGGCCCGGGUCUUCUUCCGUCUUACGGUUUGGACAGAUCAGUGGCGUCUUCACUUUUCGCCGACCAAGAACCUGCCAGUUUCCCCCCUCAUGAAAGUGCAAGUGUUUUGGGUUCUGCACCCAGCCUUUUCUCCACCCCGCCGCUGGACUUCAGCAGCGGGCUCCCUCCGGCCUCAGCGGGGCUUGCUUCUCCAUCUCCCAUGUCCAGCGACUUGUCCGCUGUCUCUCCUCAGGCAGCUUCUGCCUUGGUUGAGACACUUCCAUGGACCAACUCUGUCCAUUUGCUGCCCCCUCAGUUUUCUGUUCCCAACUCCACAAACCUUGCAUUUUCUCAGCUCUGGCCAAGCUCAGAGCUUCUUUUACAUACACUCCCUCCUCUACCCCAUUCCCCUCAAAUGUCCCUCCUCCCCAGCUUCCCCUCUGAUCCUCUCAAGUUCUCAGAAGCAGCCACGAUGUCACUGACAGACUCUGAAGCUCGUUUUACCUCAGCUUUCACUGAAACUACCUCCGGUUUUGAGUUUUCGCUCAUGUCCCGUGACCCUGCAGCUGCCACAGCGGUGCCGCCAGGUUCUGAGCCCAUUUCGACUGUUCACGUCAUGUCACUUCUGACUGCUGUUCACACUACACCCAUCCUAACCGAAUCCUCUCUCUUUCCAACCCCGACACCUUCUGAGGAUGAUAUCAGUGCUACGAACCAGCCCACAUCUGCCUUAUCUUCUUUCUCUGGAGUCAUUCCUGCCCCCACGGUGCUGGCCACCGCCGUGUCCCUGACGUCAGCGUCCUCGUCUGUUCCCGAGGUGGUCCCCUCACCUCUACCUACGGAGCCAGGGCGUUUGCACGGCCCAUCGUUCGCACCCACAGGCUUCCCCGGGAACACCUCCACUGCACUGAGCACACCAGACACCAGUGCUGCCUCGGAGAAUCCUGUUGUCACCACCCCCAACAGCAACACUGCGAGUCAGAAUCCCCACGAGGGUGACAUGGCGCCCCCGUCUCCGUCCCUUCAUCCUGGGACCACCCCCACUCCCGAAGCAGCGAUUCACACUCCGGCUCUGGUCACCACCAAGCUGCCGUAUGUGUGUGAUAUUACGGUUCCUGAUGCCUAUCUGAUCACAACUGUGCUGGCCCGCAGAGCUGUGCAGGAGUACAUCAUCACAUCCAUCAAAGAGGUGCUGAGGAGUCACUUCCACCGAGUGGUGGAGCUCAAGGUUUAUGAACUAUUUGCUGACUUCACUUUUCUGGUAACAUCUGGUCCCUUCGUUUACACGGCCAUAUCAGUCAUAAAUGUACUUAUAAAUAGUAAACUUGUACGUGACCAAACUCCUUUAAUCUUGGCUGUGAAACCUUCCUUCUUUGUACCAGAGUCCAGGUUCCAAGUUCAAACGGUACUUCAGUUUGUGCCUCAGAGUGUGGAUACUGGCUUCUGCAACUUCACCCAGCGCAUCGAGAAGGGCCUGAUGAUCGCCCUGUCGGAAGUGAGGAGACACCAGCAGGGGACGUAUAACCUCACGGUGCAGAUCUUGAAUAUCACCGUGGGAUCUUCAAGGAUGGCUCCUCGGCGGGGCCCGGUGAACAUCGUCUUUGCAGUUAAGGGCUCGCAGGGCUUUCUGAACGGGUCUGAAGUGAGUGAGCUGCUCAGGAACCUGAGUGUGGUGGAAUUCAGUUUCUACCUGGGGUACCCGGUGCUGCAGAUCGCGGAGCCCUUCCAGUACCCGCAGCUCAACUUAUCUCAGCUGUUGAAGUCCUCUUGGGUAAGAACAGUCCUCCUGGGUGUUGUUGAGAAGCAGCUCCAGAAUGAAGUGUUCCAAGCUGAGAUGGAGCGCAAACUGGCCCAGCUGCUCAGCGAAGUUUCCACCAGAAGGCGGAUGUGGAGAAGGGCCACCAUCGCCGCUGGGAACAGCAUGGUGCAGGUGGUAAAUGUGUCGAGGCUCGAGGGAGAUGACGAUCCCGUGCAGCUCAUCUACUUCGUGGAGGACCAAGACGGAGAAAGACUCAGUGCAGUCAAGUCUUCAGAUCUGAUUAACAAGAUAGAUGUCCAGAGAGCGGCCAUCAUCCUGGGUUACCGGAUUCAGGGCGCCAUCGCCCAGCCCGUGGACAGGGUGAAGAGGCCGUCCCCCGAGUCCCAGAGCAGCAACCUCUGGGUCAUCGUGGGCGUGGUCAUCCCUGUGCUGGUGGUGAUGGUGAUCGUCAUCAUCCUCUACUGGAAGCUCUGCCGCACGGACAAACUGGACUUUCAGCCAGACACCGUGGCCAACAUUCAGCAGCGUCAGAAGUUGCAGAUCCCUAGCGUGAAGGGCUUCGACUUUGCUAAGCAGCACCUGGGUCAGCACAAUAAAGAUGACAUACUGAUUAUCCACGAGCCAGCACCACUGCCGGGGCCCGUGAAGGACCACACCACGCCCUCCGAGAACGGAGAUGUGCCGAGCCCCAAGGCGAAGAUCCCUUCCAAGAACAUCCGUCACAGAGGAAGGGUUUCUCCCUCAGAUGCCGACUCCACAGUAAGUGAAGAAUCCAGUGAGAGGGAAGCAGGGGACAAGCCUCCAGGAGCGGUGACAGAUGGCAAGUCCCACAGAGCCCCACAGAGUGGGGCACCACCCAGCUCGGGGAAUGAGCAGCACUCAUCAGCCUCCAUCUUUGAGCAUGUGGACAGGAUCUCCCGCUCCUCGGAGGCCAGUCGGCGGGUCCCCAGUAAGAUCCAGCUGAUCGCCAUGCAGCCCAUCCCAGCACCUCCAGUUCCACACCCCAUACUGGCUGACCGGGUGGCAGAAACCAACAAAAUUAACAAAGAGAUUCAGACGGCGCUGCGGCACAAGUCGGAGAUCGAGCAUCACCGGAACAAGAUCCGGCUCCGCGCCAAGCGCCGCGGGCACUACGAGUUCCCGGUGGUGGACGAGCUGUCCUCGGGCGACACGCGGGAGCGGCACCGCGUGUACCGCCGCGCGCAGAUGCAGAUCGACAAGAUCCUGGACCCCACGGCCAGCGUGCCCUCCGUGUUCAUAGAGCCCAGGAAGAGCUCCAGAAUAAAACGUUCUCCUAAGCCACGCCGGAAACACCAGGUCAACGGCUGCCCUGGAGAUGCUGAGAAGGACAGGCUUAUCACCACCGACAGCGACGGAACAUACAAAAGGCCCCCUGGGGUCCACAACUCUGCCUAUAUUGGUUGCCCGUCUGAUCCCGACCUCCCGGCAGAUGUGCAGACGCCGUCUUCUGCUGAGCUGGGGCGGUACCCAGGCCUGCCCUUCCCAGCCUCCCAGUAUAUCCCGCCCCAGCCGUCCAUCGAGGAGGCGCGCCAGACCAUGCACUCCCUCCUGGACGAUGCUUUUGCCCUCGUGGCCCCCAGCAGCCAGCCCCCCAACGCUGCAGCUGCAGGCCCCGGGGUCCCAGCUGGCCUGCCUGUGAACAGCACCCCAUCCCGAGAAGAGAGACGAGCCACCCAGUGGGGGUCCUUCUACAGCCCGGCUCAGACGGCCAACAACCCCUGCAGUAGAUAUGAAGACUAUGGAAUGACUUCCCCGUCAGGCCCAUUACCAAGACCAGGUUUUGGCCCCGGGUUGCUGCCAUCUGCGGAGCUGGUGCCUCCUGAGCCCCAACAAGCACAAGCAUCGUCUGAAGCCACCUCGUUUGCUUCCCGAGGGAUCUACUCUGAGGAGAUGCCAUCGGUGGCCCGGCCUCGGCCUGUUGGGGGCACCACAGGCUCCCAGAUCCAGCACCUGACGCAAGUGGGAAUCGCAAGCAGAAUCGGAGCUCAGCCAGUGGAAAUCCCACCGGGCAGAGGUGGCCAGUAUGGGGGACCAGGUUGGCCUUCAUACGGGGAGGACGAAGCCGGCCGGAGGGAGGCCACACACGUGCGCGGACAUCAGGAGUAUUCUUCUUCACCGCUGUUCCAGGUGCCGAGGACUGCAAGCAGGGAGCCCUCAGCUCCGCCCGGGAACGUCCCGCACAGGGGGCUGUCGGGCUCCGGGCUGGCUUACCCCACCAGCUCCACGGAAGACCUCCAGCCCGGCCACUCCUCCGCCUCCCUCAUCAAAGCGAUCCGCGAGGAGCUCCUCCGGCUCUCCCAGAAGCAGACCGCCGUGCAGAACUUCCACAGCUGAUCGGCCUCGCCUUGCAGAUUUGCCAAGUAUCCGCUUCCCGUGGAAGCAAGACUAAAAGGAAAUCAGCUGAGCCGGGGUUUGUAAGAGGACGAGCAUCUCCUGGGCUCAGUGCCCAAGUAAAGGAGCAAGCUGCAAUUAUAGAAGAUGCCAUAAGUCACAUGACAGCUCAUGACGCUUUUGCAAAGUUGGCGAUUUUGUGACCACUUGGGUUCAGUUGAAAUUUAUGUACUUUUGGCCACAAGCCAGCAGCACUUCACAAAAGACAAACCACAAUCCCAAGCUAAUGAAAUUACUAAGUUAGUCUCUUUUUUUAAAGGCAAAAGAUGAAAAUGUGUAGAUGGCGUAGGGAUGAAGGGCGUCUAGUAUCUCCGUGGGAAGAUGUGAUUCAGGCUGGUUUGUACGAUGGACCUGCUGCUUUGUUUUCUGAGAAAAGAGAUUUGAAGACAUUUUGUUAACAGCUUGAUUUAAACCUCUUUUCCUCCAUAGGAACUUAUUUUAAUAGUAAUAUUACCGACAAGAAUACUAAGACUGGGGAUUUAAAAAGCUACUAGUGAGAAACCAAAUGAUAGAUCGUAGAGCCUGAUGAUUCCAGACGAAGCAUCACCUGCAUUUUCCUUCUCCUUCUGGUGCUACCGCUCCAAGAGCCCCUUGACCCUGUCUGUGAAAUGCAGCUUUGGCUUUCUCAAUGGAAGAAUUCAUUUUGAAGGUUUCAUUUUGUUCUAGAAAGAAGGAAAAAAAAAAAAACCCUCCCCAAAUGGGGGCUAAAACUUAAUAUUUAUUUGGUUAUUCAAAAUACAUAUCAAAGGUUAGAUUUACAUUCUUAGUUGCCUUUGCUGUUCAUUAAUCGGGCACAGGCAACUAUAGAUAGCAUCUGAUUUUAGUACGUAUCUUCAUCAAGGCCAGUCCUGUAGAAUGAGGCUUUCAGGGGGUCCUAACGAAUCCUUGCACUUUGCCGAGGAGUUGCUCCCAAAUUGGGUUUGAGUGAGAAAUCUUAUGUAAGCGAAAAUUAUUUAUAAAAACUCCUAGGGCCAGCAAAUGAUUAUUCACCAAUAGAGGUAAUCACAUUCCCUGAAUUUUAAGAUCUGGACACAAAACGGAGUUCAUUUCAGCCUCUUUGUAAUGAAUCAGGAGCUGGAAGGAAGAGCUUUGAGACCACGGGGGAAAGGAGAGAGUUGCUCCUAAUUUCUGAUGUCAUUCUGCAUGGCUCUGCUGAGUGACUGUUAAAACCAUCUUAUGUACCCUGGGCCUGACAGAGGGACCCUCUCACUUGAGAUGGACUCCUGAAGUCAACAUUUGUCCCCUUCCCAAAGCCGCGGGAGGAGAAGAGUAAUGAGGGCCGUUCUGUUCUCUGGUACCUGAGUGAGGUUAAGAAGAAAAGCAGGCAUAGAUAACAGAGUUCCGUGCAUCCUUUUUGAUUUGAUCAGUUCAUGCUUUUAAUUAAACAACAGAUACACAGGCAGAGUUUGGGCUCUGACUAAUCAAAAUCUGUGUAUCUGUGUCAAAUUUAAAAAACCCUGAAACAGCUGAAAUGGGUUCCCAAAGUGUAAUCACUGGGUUCCAGAAUCAUGUUUCUGCCCUUCCUUCAUGAAGUCUGUUGUACGGGCCCACAGUCUCACAACCCAGGGAAAAUUGGUUGUGGGAAAUUAAAUUGUGGCCAUUUUUCAUCUUUACACCUUGGAAAGAGGAGGGGUGCAGAAAGGCAAGUCUCUUGAGGAUGCUAAAUAAAGCAACGGAAUCACCAAAGGCACCUCUCACAGGCUCCAAAGAGUGUGGGAGAAAGGCCCCCGUCUGGGCUGGAUUUCUUACCUCUAUCUUGCCUUUCUACCAGAUUUCUCCCGAGUGGAAGAUUCCCUUUGCAUGUCAUUCAAAAACACCAGGUUUCCUGAAUGUGUAAUUAAAGUUUCAGAGAUCCAAGCAGAAUUUUAUCACGGAUGCCCUGCGGUGAGUUCAGAUGGUAUGACAGCUGCUGGAGUCAGUGCAGACCUGUCUCCUCCCGUUCUGCUCAGCGUCCUGAGGGUUCGCAGGCAGCGUACGAAACGGCUCCUUCCUCUGUACGUUGAAGAAACAAGCCUCUGUUUUCAACGGGGCUGCAGUAGUGAAUUUGAUGCCUUGCAAACUAGCAUAAGGGGAUCCUAUCUGUAUUUUUAUUCUCAGAACCGAUAUGCUUUUAAACCGAUGUCAAGACGGAAGACUGUAAUAAAGAACCUGUGGUGUGCGGUGGGUGUGGGCAGGCCGGUGAGACCCCCAGCCCUCUUGUGUUGGUCGUCAGGCACACUCAGUUUGCCCUCAGUCUUAUGGCCACCAGACUCAGAACCAACACGCUGUCAUGGGAGCCCCACCUCCAGAGGGAUCUUCAGACCCUCAGUGAAUGUGAUCUCCUUAAACAAAAGGUCUUCGUGGCAAUCACACGUGGCUUUGGAAUUCUGUUUAUUGAAGCGCUCCAAAAUGAAAAGUUAAAUUCGGUGUCUGUUCUUUUUUCCCCAUUUUUAAAGUUCUAGUGGUAAUAACAUGCAAUAAAUUUAAGUCAGAAUUUUAGAGAAGAUUGUUUGGAGAAACGAUCAUUUUCAGAAUCUACCUUGUCACUGACUUGCUGUGUUAGGUCCCUUCUCUGAGCCUCAUUCUCCCAUCAGCCAGAAGAGAAUGGGCCUCCUCUGCCUACCCCCCAGGAUUUCUCUUAGUGAGAAUCAAAUGUGAUCAUGUGUGCAAACGUCCCUUGAGGAGGGAGCACAAAGCACUGUGGAAAUGCAGGGUGAUAUCUGGGUGAUUGCGCUGGGCUGGACCAGCUGAUGUGCUGUGAUCUCCCAGUAUGGGGGUUCAUGUGGAGGUAACCAGAGCAAAACCAGAGGCCCUGUGACUCCUCUUCCUCUCUCCUGUGUUGCUUUAAAUUCACUUCCUUCGCAAUUAACUUUCAAACAGCAUUUAUUAUGCAUCUUUCUGCUCCUGAUGUUCUGCUGUUUCUGGCACCAAGUAAGUCAACACAAGACCUGCCUUCUGAGAUCUUGGAAUCGGACAACAGAGACGGGCAUAAGAGAUGGAAGAGACAGAAGGAUAACGCAGUUUAAACACCAGUAAAAUUCACGGAAAGCACACAGGUGCAUUAGUUACUCAGAAGAAAAAGUGAAGGUUGCACAUUUGGAAAUGGUGGGGUCUUGGGGAGAAGUUGA